UCUUGGAAUUGGGAGGAAGAGGGAGAGGGAGACCGGGACGAGACCGGGGCUGUGGUGCGGAGAGAGGCUGAGACUGAGAAGAAGAGAGACAGAAGGCGCGGGGACCGCCCUUAGCUACAAGCUUUCAGCUAUCCUCAGGAGAAAGAAGGGGAAAGGGAGGAGGCCGCGGCGGGAGUAGGGGCUGUCACCCUCGGACCCCGGCGUGAGAGGGGCCGUGCGGUCGGACGUCCUCGGGGUAGGCCCCCUGUCGGUGGCCGAAGACCUGGGGCUCAGUCCCAUCGGUCCUGAAUUUCCGGGCUUGACCCCACGCUUCUCAGAUAUCGGAGUAUCAGCCCCUCAGAUUCUAGAUAUCCGAGACUCGGGUCCAACCUCUCUAAACCUGGGGCUGUUUCAUAGGAUUUCAGUUAUCUGGGGUUCAAGACCCUCCGUGGACCAGUAUCCGGGGUUCAUUCCCCACGAAUUCAGAAAUCAGAUUAAGUCUCCCCGCGUUCAGAUAUCUGGGGUUCAGACCCCACAAUCAGAAAUCCGGGAUUCAGCAACUGUCGCCCUCGAGGAGGAGGAGGACUGGACCGCGAGGUCAGAUCAGGUUGUCACCCCCUCCCCUCCAGGGGAGGCUUCCCGGGCCCGCCCCUCAGGAAGGGCGAAAGCCGAGGAAGAGGUGGCAAGGGGAAAGGUCUCCUUGCCCCUCUCCCUGCUUGGCAGAACCGCUGGAGGACCCCAGGAGGAGGCGGAGGCGCUGGGGCACCAUAGUGACCCCUACCAGGUCAGGCGCCACUCUCAGGGCCCCCAGGGGCCACCAUGCCAGCUGGGGGCCGGGCCGGGAGCCUGAAGGACCCCGAUGUGGCUGAGCUCUUCUUCAAAGAUGACCCUGAAAAGCUCUUUUCUGACCUCCGGGAAAUCGGCCAUGGCAGCUUUGGGGCCGUGUACUUUGCCCGGGAUGUCCGGAAUAGUGAGGUGGUGGCCAUCAAGAAGAUGUCCUACAGUGGGAAGCAGUCAAAUGAGAAGUGGCAGGACAUCAUCAAAGAGGUGCGGUUCCUACAGAAGCUCCGGCAUCCCAAUACCAUUCAGUACCGGGGCUGUUACCUGAGGGAGCACACGGCUUGGCUGGUGAUGGAGUAUUGCCUGGGCUCAGCUUCUGACCUUCUAGAAGUGCACAAGAAACCCCUUCAGGAGGUGGAGAUUGCAGCUGUGACUCACGGAGCCCUUCAGGGCCUGGCUUAUCUGCACUCCCACAACAUGAUCCAUAGAGAUGUGAAGGCUGGAAACAUCCUGCUGUCAGAGCCAGGCUUGGUGAAGCUGGGGGACUUCGGCUCUGCAUCUAUCAUGGCACCUGCCAACUCCUUUGUGGGCACCCCAUACUGGAUGGCUCCAGAAGUGAUCCUGGCAAUGGAUGAGGGGCAGUAUGAUGGCAAGGUGGAUGUCUGGUCCUUGGGCAUAACCUGCAUUGAGCUGGCGGAACGGAAACCACCGCUGUUUAACAUGAAUGCGAUGAGUGCCUUAUACCACAUUGCACAGAACGAGUCCCCCGUGCUCCAGUCAGGACACUGGUCUGAGUAUUUCCGGAAUUUUGUCGACUCCUGCCUUCAGAAAAUCCCUCAAGACAGACCAACCUCAGAGGUUCUUUUGAAGCACCGUUUUGUGCUCCGGGAGCGGCCACCUACAGUCAUCAUGGACUUAAUCCAGAGGACCAAGGAUGCUGUUCGGGAGCUGGACAACCUGCAGUACCGCAAGAUGAAGAAGAUACUGUUCCAAGAGGCACCCAAUGGCCCUGGCGCUGAGGCCCCAGAGGAGGAGGAGGAAGCAGAGCCCUACAUGCACCGGGCUGGGACGCUGACCAGUCUAGAGAGUAGCCACUCAGUGCCCAGCAUGUCCAUCAGUGCCUCCAGCCAGAGCAGCUCCGUCAACAGCCUAGCAGAUGCUUCUGACAACGAGGAGGAAGAGGAAGAGGAAGAAGAGGAGGAGGAGGAGGAGGAAGGCCCUGAAGCCCGGGAGAUGGCCAUGAUGCAGGAAGGGGAGCACACAGUCACUUCCCACAGCUCCAUCAUCCACCGGCUGCCGGGCUCUGACAACCUGUAUGAUGACCCCUACCAGCCAGAGUUGACCCCCGGCCCUCUCCAGCCACCUGCAGCCCCGGCUCCCACCUCUACCACCUCUUCUGCCCGUCGCCGGGCCUACUGCCGCAAUCGGGACCACUUUGCCACCAUCCGUACUGCCUCCCUGGUCAGCCGACAGAUCCAGGAGCAUGAGCAGGACUCAGCUCUGCGGGAGCAGCUGAGCGGCUAUAAGCGUAUGCGACGACAGCACCAGAAACAGCUGCUGGCGUUGGAGUCGAGGCUGAGGGGUGAACGUGAGGAGCAUAGUGCACGGCUGCAGCGGGAGCUCGAGGCACAGCGGGCUGGCUUUGGGGCUGAGGCAGAAAAGCUGUCACGGCGGCACCAGGCCAUCGGAGAAAAGGAGGCGCGAGCUGCCCAAGCUGAGGAGCGUAAGUUCCAACAGCACAUCCUCGGGCAGCAGAAGAAGGAACUGGCCGCCCUGCUGGAAGCGCAGAAGAGAACCUACAAACUUCGGAAGGAGCAGCUAAAGGAGGAGCUUCAGGAGAACCCCAGCACUCCCAAGCGGGAGAAGGCUGAGUGGCUUUUGCGGCAGAAGGAGCAGCUACAGCAGUGCCAGGCAGAGGAGGAGGCUGGGCUGCUACGGCGGCAGCGCCAGUACUUUGAGCUGCAGUGUCGCCAGUACAAGCGCAAGAUGCUGCUGGCUCGUCACAGCCUGGACCAGGAUCUGCUGCGAGAGGACUUGAACAAGAAACAGACACAGAAGGACUUGGAGUGUGCAUUGCUGCUACGGCAGCAUGAGGCCACACGGGAGCUGGAGCUACGGCAGCUCCAAGCUGUACAGCGCACACGGGCUGAGCUCACCCGCCUGCAGCACCAGACGGAGUUGGGCAACCAGCUGGAGUACAACAAGCGGCGUGAGCAAGAGUUGCGGCAGAAGCAUGCAGCCCAGGUUCGCCAGCAGCCCAAGAGCCUCAAAUCUAAGGAGCUGCAGAUCAAGAAGCAGUUCCAGGAGACGUGUAAGAUCCAGACUCGGCAGUACAAGGCUCUGCGGGCACACUUGCUGGAGACGACGCCCAAAGCUCAGCACAAGAGCCUCCUUAAGCGGCUCAAAGAAGAACAGACCCGCAAGCUGGCAAUCCUAGCCGAACAGUAUGACCAGUCCAUCUCAGAGAUGCUCAGCUCACAGGCGCUACGGCUUGAUGAGACCCAGGAGGCAGAGUUCCAGGCCCUGCGGCAGCAGCUUCAACAGGAGCUGGAGCUGCUCAAUGCCUACCAGAGCAAGAUCAAGAUCCGCACGGAGAGUCAACACGAGAGGGAGCUACGGGAGCUGGAGCAGAGAGUAGCUCUGAGGCGGGCACUGCUGGAACAGCGGGUGGAAGAGGAGCUGCUGGCCCUGCAGACAGGGCGCUCUGAGCGAAUACGGAGUUUGCUUGAGCGGCAGGCCCGUGAGAUCGAGGCUUUCGAUGCUGAGAGCAUGCGGCUGGGCUUCUCCAGUAUGGCUCUGGGGGGCAUCCCAGCUGAGGCCGCUGCCCAGGGCUAUCCCGCUCCACCCCCUGCCCCCGCCUGGCCCUCCCGUCCUGUUCCCCGUUCAGGGGCACAUUGGAGCCACGGCCCUCCUCCACCAGGCAUGCCCCCACCAGCCUGGCGUCAGCCCUCUCUUCUGGCUCCCCCGGGCCCCCCAAACUGGCUGGGACCCCCAGCGCAGAGUGGGACCCCCCGUGGUGGAGCCCUGCUGCUGCUAAGAAAUAGCCCCCAGCCUCUGCGGCGAGCAGCCUCAGGGGGCAGUGGCAGUGACAAUGUGGGCCCACCUGCUGCCGCAGUGCCUGGGCCUCUGAGCCGCAGCACCAGUGUUGCUUCCCACAUCCUCAAUGGUUCCUCCCACUUCUAUUCCUGAAGUACAAGGUGGAUGAGCAGAUGAAUGAGACGGGUGGGUGGAGCCUGACCCUGAAGGGCUAUAAGCCUAAGGUCUACCCAAGAGUAGGGGACAGGAUGUUGGCUCCAGCUCCCCUUAAACCUCAUCUCAUGAGCUUCUUGGGCUGGCAAGUGGCCCAAGGCCAGCUUGGGCAUAGGUGCCUCAAGGCUGACCAGGAGCCCCUGCCUCCCCACCAUGGUGCCAGGGUCUCUCUCCAUCAUGGCCUCGGGAAAGGAGGGAGAUACGCGUGUCAAAUAUUCAUCUAGUCCCCUGGGGGAGGGGAAGGGUGGGUCUAGAUAUAUUAUAUAAAGAGAACUAUACUACCCGCUGGAAUGGGGCCACGGACUGGGGACGCCAGGCCCCCCAGAUCUGGGAUGUUGCAGAGCAGGUCUGGGGUCUGGGGUGGGGAGAAAGGGAGGAAAAGGCCUUCCUGAAAGAAGGAUCAGGAUGAGGUCUUGGGGUCAGGAUGCCUGGGUCUCCAUCCCCCCAUUGCUGUCUGACGUCCUGUGCCGUCUUGUCUUUUAUCUUUUUUUUUUUUAAUUGAAAUCAGAGCUGGGGCAGGGAAACAAGAUAAGAACCUUUCGAAGGGGCUGCUCCCAGGCCUGGGAACAGUCAUGGGAGCUCCUCCCAGCUACGGGGCUGGCACGGAGCCCCAUGGCAAGCUUUUAAUAAACUGUUGGUUAUUCUAACAGA